AGGCUGUGCAUGUGGGGCACGAUGGUGCCUGCCAGGGUGCUGGGGCUGCUGCUGUGCGUGCAUGUCUGCAUGGGCAGCGAGGAGCUGCGGCUGGUGGAUGGUGGUGGGCGCUGUGCCGGUCGUGUGGAGGUGAAGCACGAAGGCGAGUGGGGCUCCGUCUGCAGCUACGACUUCGACUGGGACAUACGAGGGGCGGGCGUGGUGUGCCGCCAGCUGGGCUGUGGCACUGUGGCCCAUGCGUCCCCAUACGCCCCAUUUGGGCAGGGCAAGGGACGCAUCUGGCUGCAUCCAUACGUCUGCCAAGGCACUGAGCAAUCUCUGCAGAACUGCCCCAACUUUGGCUGGGGGAACCACUUCUGUGGCCAUGAGUGGGAUGUUGGGGUGAUCUGCACAGAGGCGCUGGAGCUGCGGCUGGCAGACGGUCGGGGACCCUGCGAUGGGAGAGUGGAGGUGAAGCUGCGGGGACGCUGGGGCACAGUGGCUGACGAUGCUUGGGACAUGGAUGAUGCUGAGGUGGUGUGCCAGCAGCUGGGCUGCGGCUCGGCUGCAAGCACGAAGUUUACCUGGCGAAUUUCACAAGUUAGCAGUCCUGUAAUGUUGGUCCGUGUCAACUGCAAGGGAACUGAGAAAGCCAUCUGGGACUGCAACAUUCAGGGUUGGGGUCCCUACAGUUGCCCUCGUGAUUAUAUCGCCUCUGUGGUCUGUCAAGGGUUCUCCCGGCUGGCCGGAGGGGACAGCGAGUGCUCAGGAAGGCUGGAGGUGCGGCAGGGCCAGACCUGGGUCAGCGUCUGCCAUGGCAACGUGGACCUCAUGGCCGCCCAGGUGGUCUGCAGAGAGCUGCGCUGUGGUACUGCACUGGCCCUAUCUGGGGCUGAGCCGUUUGGGGUACCGGCAGGGCUAUUCUGGAAUGGUGCCUUCGAGUGCAAUGGCACCGAGCCCUUCCUGUCCGCUUGCACAAAGCGGCCUCCCCACAUCCAGAACUGCACCCAACCCGCUACCAUCAUCUGCUCCCGUAAGUGCUGGCUCUGCAGGGCUACAUCAGCCCCAAACCAUGUGGUGGCCUGGGGAAUUUCCCACUCCACCAACUCCAGCACCUCUCUCUGCUGCAGCCUACAGCGGGUUCCGGCUGGCAGAUGGAGUCUCAGUGUGCGAUGGGCGAGUGGAGGUGGAGGCACGAGGGGUGCGGGGGACCCUGUGUGCCACUGCCUGGGACCUGCCUGA